GCAGAACAAAACGAGAUCCAAGAUUCUACCUAGGAUCAGGAUUCAGGAAGGGCGCGUCUCCUCAGGCUCAGGCUUGCCAUUGGCAUUGGUGUACCUAGUUGGUGCAAAGACGCGCGAUUUGUCAGCUCUUCGCGCUGCAUUUUGCCGCUAGGGCGCCCAGAAUUCUAGUGAACCUUCAGCAGCUGAACAUGGCCUCUUGUCAAGCACCAGUGUUGGCCAAUGGCCUGUCCGCAAGCGUGUCUCCAGCUGUGCUUGGAGAUGCAAGCACGCAGCUCCGAAAGGCAGCAUGCCGCAGGCCUGCUUUUGGCAGUGCAAGGGUGACACAACCCAAGGCGAGAAUGCAUGCAUCCAAUUCUGAGCAUGAGGCAAUCAGUAAGAAACAGGCGUCCAAGGCAGGACUACCACGUUUUGUGCAUAGGAGUCUGGCGGCAGCCGCACUGGCUGGCCUGCUUGCCUCCGGACAGGGGGGCAUUGCGCUCGCAGAGACCUACGACUUCAACACCUCUGAUGAGCAGAGCCUGACCCAGAGCGUGCGGCCAGAGGGGAGCGGGAAGGCCAACACCCGCGACAAUGGCCUUCUCCGGGAAGGGCCAAACUCUCCUGAAGGAGCCAACACAGGCAAAAACAGUACUUUCAACUUCAACACCUCGGAUGAGCAGACACUUGCCCAAAACUCCCAGGGGGAGGGGAGCGGCAAGGCAAACACCCGCCAACCUGGUGCUGGAAGAGAAGGUCCGACUGAGGGCGUCAAGCGAGCGUCAUCCUCUCAGGCCCCAGCCAAGGACGAUUUCCCUGGUCGCGCCGGGCGUGUUCUAAGCAAGGCUAAAGAAACUGCGGAGGACUUGUUGCCGGGCCAGCCUGGAAAAGCGCUCGAGGAGAAGACCCGAGGCCUGAGGCUCGGGAAGGCGCUGUCUGAUGCUGGCCUGAACCUGAACACCACCGUUGCUGCUGCUUUCGACUUCAACACCAGCGACGAGCAGACCCUGACUCAGAACCGGCAGCAAGAGGGGAGCGGCAAGGCCAACACCAGGGACUCAGAGGCUAACCGAGAAGGCCCCACGUCCGGCGUCAAGCGCGCAUCGUCCUCCCAGGCGCCCGAGGAGGAUUUCCCCGGCCGUGCCGGGCGCGCCCUGGCCCGGGCGAAGGACAAUGUGGAAAACCUGGUGCCGGGGCAACCGGGGAAGGCGCUCGAGAACGCCGCCCGGGGAGUGCGCCUGGGGAAGGCGCAGUCGGAUGCUGGAGUCAACCCAGUGACCACCAUCUCAGAAGCCCUGGUUGAUCCCCGUGAGGGUCUGGCUGUCGCCCGCGACAGCGUGCAGAGCACCCGGACGGAGGCUCGGCGGGUGAGCAAGGAGGGGCGCGAGGCCAUCAUGCAAGAGAAUGCGCAAAAGCAGAGUGGGGAAGACAGUGGGCCGGCCAAGACCCUGAAAGAAUUGGUGGCACAAAAGCAAAAGCUGGUGGGCAAAGUGGACCCUCUGCAGGACGGCAUCGACUCGGCUGCACCGGGGCAAGCCCGGGGCAAGUCGUUCUACUAAAUGAAAGAACGAGCGCGUGUUGUUUAGCGGCAGUGCUUGAUGUGAGUAUCCAUGUCAAUUAGUGAGGAAAAGUGCUGUUGUCAACGAACGGAAGGUAUGCAAGUCGGUAUACGAGUUGGUGAUCAGUUGCUCGAGUCUAACCUGUGUUGGAAGUACUUUGGUCACUGGGAUACGUACUUGUAUACUGUCUCUGUCCGAACAGUGUACGCAGACUUUUUGGAAGCGGAGAGGUUAACUUUUGAACCUUUUUGCCCGCAUUGAGUGCGGCUUCCCGACCAAUUCCGAUACUGCGUGCAUGCCAUACGGGUC